AUGGCCGCCUUCGGGCUUCUCAGCUAUGAGCAGAGACCGCUGAAACGCCCCCGGCUCGGGCCGCCAGAUGUCUACCCGCAGGACCCCAAGCAGAAGGAGGAUGAACUUACCGCAGUGAAUGUAAAGCAAGGCUUCAACAAUCAGCCAGCCUUUACUGGAGAUGAACAUGGCUCAGCUAGAAAUAUUGUAAUUAACCCAUCAAAGAUCGGAGCUUAUUUUAGCAGCAUAUUAGCUGAGAAGCUAAAGCUUAACACUUUCCAGGACACCGGAAAGAAGAAACCACAAGUUAAUGCUAAAGAUAAUUAUUGGCUGGUUACCGCUCGAUCCCAGAGUGCGAUUCAUAGCUGGUUCUCUGACUUAGCAGGAAAUAAACCGCUUGCUAUUUUGGCAAAAAAGGAGCUGCCUCUGGCCAAGUCAGGUGUCCCUCAGGUUCCCAUCCUUAGUAAAAAAGAAGAUGUUUUUGCAUAUUUAGCGAAGUAUUCAGUGCCAAUGGUUCGAGCAACAUGGCUGAUCAAGAUGACGUGUGCCUAUUAUUCUGCUAUUUCUGAAGCGAAAAUUAAGAAACGUCCGGCCACUGAUCCCAAUUUGGAGUGGACGCAAAUAUCUACCAGGUAUCUUCGAGAGCAGUUGGCCAAGAUUUCCGACUUCUACCACCUGGCUUCCAGUGCGGGCGAUGGCCCUGUCCCUGUGCCACCCGACGUGGAGCAGGCCAUGAGGCAGUGGGAGUACAACGAAAAGCUGGCAUUCCACAUGUUCCAGGAAGGAAUGCUGGAAAAGCACGAAUAUUUGACAUGGAUUUUGGAUGUGUUAGAAAAGAUCAGACCAAUGGAUGAUGAUCUUCUUAAACUCUUAUUACCACUAAUGCUGCAGUAUUCAGAUGAGUUUGUCCAGUCGGCAUACCUGUCCCGUCGUCUCGCCUAUUUCUGUGCCCGGCGUCUGGCGUUGCUGCUGAGCGACAGCCCCAGCCUCCUUGCCGCCCACUCGCCCCAUGUGAUAAUAGGCCCAAACAGCUCGAGCAUCGGGGCCCCCAGCCCCGGGCCCUCUGGCCCCGGCAUGAGCCCUGUGCAGCUGGCCUUCUCCGACUUUCUUGCCUGUGCACAGCAUGGCCCCCUGGUUUAUGGACUUAGCUGUAUGUUGCAGACUGUUACUCUCUGUUGCCCAAGUGCCUUGGUGUGGAAUUACUCCACAAACGACAGUAAGAGCGCGAACCCCGGCUCGCCCCUGGAUCUGCUGCAGGUGGCCCCCUCCAGCCUCCCCAUGCCGGGAGGAAACACAGCUUUCAACCAGCAGGUUCGGGCAAGGAUUUAUGAGGUAGAACAGCAGAUAAAACAAAGAGGCCGUGCGGUGGAAGUUCGGUGGUCUUUUGACAAGUGCCAAGAGUCAACAGCAGGGGUGACCAUUAGUCGGGUUUUGCACACGUUGGAGGUAUUGGAUCGACACUGUUUUGACCGAACGGAUUCCAGCAAUUCAAUGGAGACACUUUAUCAUAAGAUUUUCUGGGCAAACCAAAACAAAGACAACCAAGAGGUUGCCCCCAACGAUGAAGCUGUGGUGACGCUGCUGUGUGAAUGGGCUGUGAGCUGUAAACGGUCAGGCAAGCACAGGGCGAUGGCUGUGGCAAAACUCCUGGAGAAGAGACAAGCGGAAAUCGAGGCAGAGAGAUGUGGUGAAUCCGAAGUCUUAGAUGAGAAGGAGUCCAUUUCCUCAGCCUCCCUCGCUGGAUCUAGUUUACCUGUUUUCCAGAACGUUCUUCUAAGGUUUUUAGAUACACAGGCCCCCUCGUUGUCGGAUCCAAACAGCGAAUGCGAGAAGGUGGAGUUCGUCAACCUGGUGCUGCUCUUCUGCGAGUUCAUCCGGCACGACGUCUUCUCCCACGACGCCUACAUGUGCACCCUCAUCUCUCGGGGAGACCUGUCUGUCACCGCCUCCACGCGACCGCGGUCGCCAGCAGGAGAAAAUACGGACGAGCACUAUCCAAAGGACCACGACAUGAAAAUGGAGAUUUUUUCUCCCAUGCCUGGAGAGUCCUGUGAGAGUGCCAACCCUUCUCUGGGCAGAAGAAUGUCAGUUAAUGGUGAGAAGCUGUUGAAGAGAGAAAAACCAAGGGAGUUGAUUUUUCCAUCUAAUUAUGACCUCCUACGACACCUGCAGUAUGCAACCCAUUUUCCCAUACCUCUGGAUGAAUCUUCAAGUCAUGAAUGUAACCAGCGCACAAUCCUUCUUUACGGAGUGGGAAAAGAGCGUGACGAAGCCAGACAUCAGCUGAAGAAGAUUACCAAAGAUAUUUUGAAAAUCCUAAAUAAGAAGAGCAACACAGAGACAGGGGUUGGAGAUGAAGGACAGAAAGCCAGGAAGAACAAACAGGAAGCAUUUCCAACCCUGGAGACUGUAUUCACAAAACUUCAACUCCUUUCAUAUUUUGAUCAGCAUCAAGUGACAUCUCAGAUUUCUAACAAUGUGCUAGAACAAAUCACAAGCUUUGCAUCAGGAACAUCAUACCAUCUCCCACUGGCUCACCACAUUCAGCUCAUCUUUGAUCUCAUGGAGCCAGCACUAAAUAUCAAUGGACUCAUUGACUUUGCAAUACAGCUCCUGAACGAGCUGAGUGUUGUGGAGGCGGAACUGCUCCUGAAGUCCUCCAGCCUGGCAGGAAGCUACACGACAGGACUGUGUGUCUGCAUUGUGGCUGUUCUCAGGCGCUACCACAGCUGUCUGAUCCUGAAUCCCGACCAGACAGCCCAGGUGUUUGAAGGAUUGUGUGGUGUGGUAAAGCAUGUUGUGAACCCCUCAGAAUGUUCUUCCCCUGAAAGAUGCAUCUUAGCCUACCUCUACGAUCUCUACGUGUCAUGUAGCCACCUCAGAAGUAAAUUUGGAGACCUCUUCAGUAGUGCCUGUUCAAAAGUAAAGCAAACCAUAUAUAAUAAUGUGAUUCCUGCAAAUUCUAACUUGCGAUGGGAUCCGGACUUCAUGAUGGAUUUUAUUGAGAAUCCCUCGGCCCGUAGCAUCAACUACUCAGUGCUGGGCAAGAUCCUCAGUGACAACGCAGCCAAUCGCUACAGCUUCGUCUGUAACACUCUCAUGAAUGUAUGUAUGGGUCAUCAGGAUGCUGGAAGGAUUAAUGACAUAGCCAAUUUCUCCUCCGAGCUGACGGCCUGCUGCACUGUUCUCAGUUCAGAAUGGCUGGGGGUCCUGAAGGCUCUUUGUUGUUCUUCAAAUCACGUGUGGGGGUUUAAUGAUGUUCUUUGCACUGUAGAUGUGAGUGACCUUUCAUUCCAUGAUUCAUUAGCUACUUUCAUUGCUAUUCUGAUAGCACGACAGUGUUUCUCCCUGGAGGACGUCGUGCAACACGUCGCACUCCCCUCUCUUCUAGCCGCAGCUUGCGGAGAUGCAGAUGCGGAGCCUGGGGCAAGAAUGACAUGCCGCCUACUGCUUCAUCUCUUUCGAGCUCCCCAGGCCUGCCUGUUACCUCAAGCAACUGGCAAACCUUUCCCCGGAAUAAGAUCAUCUUGUGAUCGACACCUCUUAGCUGCUGCUCACAACAGCAUUGAAGUGGGAGCCGUGUUUGCUGUCUUAAAAGCAAUUAUGAUGCUUGGAGAUGCCAAAAUUGGCAAUAACAGUGUCAGCUCUUUAAAAAAUGAUGACUUCACCAUGAGGGGUUUACGACGUGAUGGGAAUGCUGAGGAUAUCUGGACUGCCUCACAAAAUUCAAAAUCCUGUGGGAAAAGCAUUUCCAUAGAAACGGCCAAUUUAAGAGAAUAUGCUAGAUAUGUACUGAGGACCAUCUGUCAACAGGAAUGGGUAGGAGAACAUUGUUUAAAAGAACCUGAGAGAUUAUGCACAGACAAAGAACUUAUUCUGGACCCUGUGCUCUCAAAUAUGCAAGCACAGAAAUUAUUGCAGCUGAUCUGUUAUCCUCAUGGCAUUAAGGAAUGUACGGAGGGGGACAACCUCCAAAGACAGCACAUUAAACGCAUUCUUCAGAAUCUUGAGCAGUGGACACUGAGGCAGUCCUGGCUGGAGCUUCAGUUAAUGAUCAAACAGUGCUUGAAGGACCCUGGCUCUGGUUCGGUGGCUGAAAUGAACAACCUGCUGGACAAUAUUGCCAAGGCAACAAUAGAGGUGUUCCAGCAGUCAGCUGACCUAAACAAUAACUCUUCUAACGCUGGCGUGGGCCUCUUCAGCCCAAAUGGGAUUGGCAGUACUGAUACAAGUAGCACAAGGCAGAAUGGAAUAAAGACAUUUCUCAGUUCCUCUGAACGCAGGGGUGUGUGGCUGGUGGCCCCCCUAAUUGCCAGGCUGCCGACUUCUGUGCAGGGAAGAGUGUUGAAAGCAGCUGGGGAGGAGCUGGAGAAAGGACAGCACUUGGGUUCUUCUUCCAAAAAGGAAAGAGACAGGCAAAAGCAGAAAAGUAUGUCUCUUUUGAGUCAACAACCAUUCCUCUCACUGGUCCUUACCUGCCUUAAGGGACAAGAUGAACAACGAGAAGGCCUUCUAACAUCUCUGCAGAAUCAAGUUAACCAGAUUUUAAGUAACUGGAGAGAAGAACGAUACCAGGAUGACAUCAAAGCACGACAGAUGAUGCAUGAGGCGUUGCAACUCCGCCUCAAUUUGGUCGGAGGAAUGUUUGACACAGUGCAGAGGAGCACCCAGUGGACAACAGACUGGGCGCUUCUCCUCCUUCAGAUCAUUACUUCUGGCACCGUUGACAUGCACACUAACAAUGAAUUAUUCACAACAGUUCUUGACAUGCUGGGUGUUUUAAUCAAUGGAACAUUGGCCUCUGACCUGUCAAAUGCAUCCCCAGGGGGAUCUGAAGAGAACAAACGCGCAUACAUGAAUUUAGUCAAGAAACUGAAAAAAGAGCUGGGGGACAAGCGGUCAGAAAGCAUUGACAAAGUUCGACAGCUGUUACCUUUGCCGAAACAGACAUGUGACAUCAUUACCUGUGAACCUAUGGGCUCCUUGAUUGACACAAAGGGAAACAAAAUUGCUGGAUUCGAUUCUAUAGAUAAAAAACAGGGUCUCCAAGUCUCCACGAAGCAGAAGGUGUCCCCGUGGGAUUUGUUUGAGGGUCAGAAGAACCCGGCUCCUCUGUCCUGGGCCUGGUUCGGGACUGUCCGAGUGGACCGGAAGGUGAUCAAGUAUGAGGAGCAACAUCACCUCCUCCUGUAUCACACGCACCCCACGCCCAAGCCCCGGAGUUACUACCUCGAGCCACUGCCCCUGCCUCCCGAAGAGGAAGAGGAAGAGCCCACAUCUCCUAUCUCUCAGGAACCUGAGAGGAAAUCAGCUGAGCUGUCAGAUCAGGGAAAAACCGCAACAGAUGAAGAGAAGAAGACAAAGGGAAGGAAGCGCAAGACAAAGUCCAGCUCAAGGGUUGAUGAGUAUCCGCAGAGCAGCGUGUACCGAGUGCCUCCCAACUACUCACCCAUCUCCUCCCAGGUGAUGCAUCACCCACAGUCCACGCUGUGGGGCUACAACCUCAUGGGUCAGCCCCAGCAGCCCGGCUUCUUCCUUCAGAAUCAGUCUGUCACUCCAGGUGGCUCCCGGUUGGACCCUGCUGGCUCCUUCGUCCCCACCAACACCAAGCAAGCUCUGUCCAACAUGCUGCAGCGGCGCUCGGGGGCCAUGAUGCAGCCGCCCUCUCUGCACGCCAUCACAUCGCAGCAGCAGUUGAUACAGAUGAAGCUUCUGCAGCAGCAGCAGCAACAGCGGCUUCUCAGGCAAGCCCAGACGCGGCCUUUCCAACAGGGCCAGCCAGGGGACCAGGCUGCUCUCUUCGCUGCUCAGGCACGGCCCUCCCCUCAGCUCCCCCAGUAUCCAGGACUGCAGCAAGCACAGACCAUGCCCCAGGGCUACACAAUGUAUGGAACCCAGAUGCCUUUGCAGCAGACCCCUCAGCAGCAGGCUGGCAGCGUGGUCCUGUCUCCUACCUAUAAUUCCAGAACUUAUCCGGCCGCUCACUCCAACCCAGCGCUCAUGGAAAGACUCAGACAGAUGCAGCCCCCGCCGAGCGGCUACGUUCAGCAGCAGGCGCCACCGUACCUGCAUCCCCUGACCGGCUCCCAGAGGCUGAAUCAUCAGUCGCUUCAGCAGAGCCCUCUGGUGGGUGGAGGAAUCGAUGCGGUGCUGACUUCCGCACAUCCAAACCUUCCCUCAGUGCCCUUGUCUCAGGACCCGAUGAGACCCAGACAGCCACAGGUUCGACAACAGCAGAGGCUUCUCCAGAUGCAGCAGCCCCAGCAGCCCCCCCAGCCCCAGCAGCCCCCUCAGCCUCAGGGGUCCUCACAGACACAGAGUCAGACCCUUGGUCUCCAAACAAUGCAGCCCCAGCAGCCUCUGGUUUUUUUCCCCCUCUUUGGAAUAACUACUGCAAUUUCUUGUAUCAACUUAAUGGCUGGAACCAGGGCACUCAGGCCCUCAGAUUGUUCUGCACACAUAGAACUCUGGAAGCCAGCGCCUCCUCGAAGUGUGGUCCUCCUCCGUGCCUCUCUGGUCUCACCCUACCCAACUUCUCUCCUCCACCAAGCAGGAAGUUCCCCAGGCAAGGCUUGCAGCAGACCCAGCAGCAACAGCAGACGGCCGCCCUGGUGCGGCAGCUCCAGAAGCAGCUUUCCAGUAACCAGCCACAGCAAGGAGUGA